UAGUGACGUGCCUACCGGACCACUUCCACCAAAACACUGAGGAGGAGGAGCCGAGUUUGUCAACAACUGUGCAAGAAUUGUGUGCCAGCCAACUUCUUUAGCAUCGACCGAUUAAACUCUGAAGCUACAUUAAAUCAUCGCUCACCUGUCCAGUAGACAGGCCGUCUCAAUGCAUUACAGAGGACCGAAAACACCGCGGCGAUCAUGGAUGUGUACGAUUUGUUUAGUAGUUGCAGAAAGGGCGACAUUUGUAGAGUCAGAUACCUUGUUGAACAACGAGACGUGGACCUCACUGUAAGAGAUAAAUGGGACAGCACCCCUUUGUAUUAUGCUUGUCUCUGCGGUCAUGAGGAGCUGGUCCAGUACCUGUUGGCUAGUGGUGCCAAGUGUGAAGCCAAUACGUUUGAUGGCGAGAGGUGUAUGUACGCCUGUCUAAAUGAAUCUGUUCGGCGCCUGCUCAAAGAUUAUAAGUGUAUCAGUGUCCGCGCCAUGCAGCGGGACGAUUUUAACUACUUUCUGCACAUGUUACUGGAGCAGGGUCAACACAGUGACGUCAAGUUCCAGGUUCAUGGACAAAUAUUUAUGGCCCACCGAUGUAUUCUCAGUGCACGCUCAGAGUACUUCACUGAUAUGUUUGAGACCAAAUGGAAAGGGAAGAACUUGAUCACCCUCAAACACCCAUUGAUCAACCCUGCAGCCUUUGGAGCCAUCCUGCAAUAUUCCUAUACAGGACGAAUGGAUAUUGAUGUAAGCCUUGUGGAAGACUGCAGACGACUUGCUAAACAGUGCAAAAUGGAAGAUCUAAUUGAGGAGUUGGAGAAUAAAUGCAAACAGGUGUAUGAAUAUGUGUCCAAUAAGCCAGGAAUCUGUGUGAAGGUUCUCAGCUUGGAGCCUCUCAGCUGUCAACUUCAGGAGGAAAUGGCUCAGUUAGCAGACUGUGCACUUCCCAUUGAACUAAGAGUUGGAUUUGGUGAACUUCCCUUUAACAGAGUCGAUCGCUUCCCUACUUAUCCUGACAUCUGCUUCAGAGUUGAUGGUUUCAACUUCUUGUGUCAUAAGGCGUUUUUCUGCGGACGUAGUGAUUAUUUUAAAGCCUUGCUGGAGGACCACUUCAGUGAGGGAGAGCAGCUGCAGUCCCAACCCAGCACCCCAGUGAUUACUUUACACAACAUUUCCCAUGAAAUAUUCAUCCACGUCAUGUAUUACAUCUACACCGAUGACACACAGCUAAUAACAGAGAUCGUGUUUGACGUGCUCUGCGUGGCCGACAUGUAUCUGCUGCCGGGGCUGAAGCGUCUUUGUGGGAAGGCGCUCGCGAAGACAAUAUGUGAGGACAACGUUAUGUGCAUGUGGAAGAUGGCAAAGCUUUUCCGUCUCUCUCGGCUGGAGGAUCACUGCACAGAGUUCAUGGCCAAGACCAUUGAGAGGAUGGUGGAGCAGGCCGAGUUUGCAGAGAUCAUCAAAGAGGAUGCUGCGUCGUUGGAGGAGCGACACGAGACGGACUCUGUCCCUCUGGUGGAUGAAAUCCGUUACCAUAUCGCCAGCAACGUGCAGACUUACAGCGAGAUCGAGGAGGCCAAUCAGAAACUGGAGGCCUUAGAGGAGCUGCUCUCCAGCAUCAACCUUGACUGCUAAGGGGGGCGACAGGUUGGGGCUGCAGCUGCUGUGCAGUUUGAAGUUUUUAAGAUGGAUGUUUUGGGAGAGGACAUGGUGGUGCAAACAUCUGUAGAGAGAGAACAUGUGGGUUUGUAUGUUUGUAGGUUUUAUUUUAUUUACAUUAUAUUGUACAGAAUAUAUAUUUUCAAAUGAUGGUCAGAUAUUCAGAUCAUGUUCUUAAAUGUUUCUUUGAGUGAGACAUAUCAAAAGAUAUUUGGUAGAAAGUACCAAGUUCUGCAAGAUGGGCUUUGAGGAAAUUAUGUAUGAUAUAUUUACAACAGAAUGUCUUUCAAUUACACAAGCAUGGAUUUAUUUUAAGCAUUAUUUGUAGCUGCUAGAAUGUAUACUAGCUGUUAUUUAGCUUUUAUAUGUACUUUGGCCCCAACAAAUUCAUCACCAGCCCUCAUCUCAAACUCCAUGUUAUUUUUAUGCUAAACGAAAGUCAAACGAGUGCAUGCCACGCACUGGCAUGCACUUGAUAACAAUGUGCAAAAAGACUAAUGGUACAGUAUGUUCACUUCAUUCACCCAGAAAAUACUUUUAACCUGUAUAUCCUUAUUUAAAGUUACAAAGAAUAUAGUUUUAUUAUGUAUUUCAUGUGCAAAAGCAUGCAGCUUUUAUUUUGGAUUUGGCGGAUGAACUUCACCACACUUAUAAUUCUUACACUUAUUCCCCUGUAACAUAUUCCUGCCCUUUGUUUAAACCUCAAAUGGAAAAAAAAACAAAAACAUUUCCAUUUUGUAUGACAGCAAACCUCUCUUUCCCAAUGUGUGCACUAGAAAAUAAAAGCUGUUACUAAACUGUUUGCAUGUAAAAUCCACCAUCAACACAAGGAAUGAUUUAAAAAUUUGUUUUUAAAAUGUUGUUGUAAAAUGUUCAGUCUCAGCCUGCUAAUAUAAAAAUUGAUAAAUAACUGCAUUUGCUUUUGGCAAUUAAACGUGGGAUUGCAAGCAA